AUCAUGUCAUAUCAUACAUAAAUUGGAAAACAUGAUAAUAAUACCGGUGAUUAAUUUUAUUGAUAUUGAUAACAAAUAUUGAUAAGUUAUAUUUAAUAAUUAUUGAAUGGUGCUUAUUAUAUUUUAUCCAUUUAUUUUUAUUUCAAGUUGUGGUUGCUACUGCAAAAUUGUUAUGGACAGUUCUGAUAAAUGUAUUAUAAAUAGACAUUGUUGAAGAAAUUUAUUUAAUCAUCGAUUUUAUGAAAUCAUGCAGUCACAAUUUCGACACGACUUAUUGACAAUGAACAGCACCGAGUAUAAGAAGUAUCAUGAGUCACUUAUGAUGAACAAUCAUGGUUCACCGGUAUUCCAUACAUUUCUGUGUAUAUUCUUCACUGUACAAUGCUCACUAUAUUGUUCUAUUGUGAACAGAUAUUCUGGGGUACUCCAAUACGUCUAUGAGUACAUAAUCAUCGUCCUGCCUAUGAUCGCAGCCCUCACAAUAAUAUCUGAGUAUAUUUAUAUACUAAAUAUUGCUGUUUUUACCAUUCUAUUAUAUGAGUUUAUAUACCAAUAUAAAAAAUUGGAUUUAUUGAAGAAAUUCAAACAAUACAAUCGCUUCAAGACGGGACGAAUUCAUACCAUCUCAGCUGUCAGAGGACUCACCUACUUGAUUACUGUGUUCUGUAUUUUAGCAGUUGAUUUUGAGAUCUUUCCAAGAUAUCUUGCGAAAACUGAAAAGUAUGGGUAUAGUCUUAUGGACACAGGAGUAGGUUUGUUUGUUUUCAUGAGCGGUUUAGUGCACAAAGAUGUGGCUAAAAAUAAUGUUAUGGCAAUAAUAAAAGGAAAUACCAAGUUCAUAUCAAUACUUGUAUGCCUGGGAGUUGCCAGGUUUAUAUCUGUGAAGCAGUUAGAUUAUCAAGAGCAUGUCACAGAGUAUGGUGUGCACUGGAAUUUCUUUUUUACAUUGGCAGUGUGUAAACUACUCUCAAGUGUUUUAUUAUUUUAUUCUAACAGUCCUUUUUAUUUAAGCAUUAUAGUAAUUGUUUUACAUGAAACUGCUUUAUAUGUUGGCCUUCAGGAUUGGGUGUUUGGUGACACUCCGAGAAUAAAUGUUUUGGAUGCUAAUAGAGAAGGCAUAACUUCUAGCCUUGGUUAUGUAUCUUUGUACUUGUUCUCUGCUCAUAUAAAAGUAAUAUUAGUAGAUAAAACUAUACAUAGAUAUAAGGUGCAAGCUAAAUUAAUUUUAAACUGUCUAAUCUUGUGGAUAAUGACAUAUAUAGUAAAUUUCUAUCGCCCUACUUCCAGAACAUUAGCCAACACAGGAUACUGUUUAUAUAUAGAGGCCAUAAUAGUAACAAUUAUCGCAUUAUUGUAUUUUCAUGAAGUACUGUUCCAGAAUUUUGAUGUACCAGUCAUUCUAUCAACUGUUAACGACAAUGGUUUGCUGUAUUUUCUAAUUGCAAACUUAAUAACCGGUGCUAUUAAUUUGAAUAUAAGAACCAUGCUUGUCUCAACUCCCAUGACUUUAAUUAUCUUGAAUAAUUACAUGGUGGUCACUACUGCUUUUACGGCAUAUUUAAAAAAAAUAGGUGUUAAAAUAUGAAAACAUUACAUCAUAACGAAAUUACAUUUAUUUGUAAAUUAGGAACAUUUAAAAGCAUUUUAUAGAAGUAAUAUACAAUUUUAUAAUUAAAAAAAAAAUAUAUAUAGCUUAUAAUAAUUUUACACAAGAGUAUUAAAUGCAAUGUAACAUGUAAAGAUGCAAUUUCUGAUGCAGCUUUAUUAUAAUAAAUAAUAAUAAAAUAUAAUGAAAUUAAUA